AACCCUACACACCGGAGGGCGCACCCGUCCGUUCUGACAAGCGUGGCUAGUGCGGCGUUGCUCCUCCGGUUCUCGCUAUAAAUUCACCCGCAUCCAGCCAUGGCAGGAGCUUCCAUUCCGUUCUGCUUAGCUACGUAGCCCCACUCGCUCACCGGCCCCAGCUUCGCUUCUUCUUCUCUAGCUCAUUCUGUCUCCCCUGUCUGUGCCGUGCUGAACCAGAUGGAGAAGGCGAGGAGGCGUCGCGUGCCGGCGUUCGGGGAGUGGAACUACAACUACCACCACCACGAGCCGGAGGCUGCGGCGGCGGCAGCAGCGUGCUACGCCACGCCGGAGCCGGAGGCCUGCAGCGACGUGUGGUUCAGGUACUCGCCUCCUCCACGCGAUCCCACGCCCAAGAAGAAGCACGCGAGGCGGCGGCGGCGGCCGGAGGGCGACGUGUCCCGGGAGCGCGCCAGGGCGUCCACGGACGCUGCUGUCAUGGCCAAGAACGGCGCCGCCCGGUACCAGGUGCGGCACGUCGACGAGGACCUGUACAAGGCGCCACCGCCGGAGCCCGCCUCCCACCGGCGUCCAAGGAAGAAGUGGAGCCUGUGGAUGGGAUGCCUGGGCCUCAGCUCACGCGUCGCCUCCUGAACCCCGAGACCUGUGGCGCCGAUGGGAUGCUGCGUCCUGCCUCCUGCGUGCGUGUUCAUCACCAGUGCUCAUUUGCCCUUUCUGUUGUCUGUCUCUUCGAGUGUUUCCACCGUCUUGGCUUGUCGCAAGACGAUCAGUAGUAAAACUAGCUGCGUGUGUUAGUAGCAUCUCGAGUUUCUACUCUUCUUUUGUGUAGUGUGGGUACGUAAGAAAGAUAUUUGAGUGCAACAUCUUGUUUUGCACCUAGCAAGCACGUUGAUAUACAGUGUUCUGUGAUCUGUCA